AUGGACUCACCAGCAAACUCCACCAACUCAACAAAGAGUCGCGAGGGGCCGCGCAAAUACGCCUACAACCGCGAAGGCGCUCGUGAGCGGGAAACGCACUUAUAUCUGCCUUACUGGGGCUUCUCCGAUUCCGAGAAGUUCGCUCAGGAGUCGGUUGGCAACUACCCCAACGCAUCGCGCGACAAUGUCCUCACCGUAUUCGCCCAAUUGGCCGCCCUGCGCAUGAACGCCCAGCGCGCCAUCAUCUCCCUGUUCGACAAGCGGCAACAGCAUGUCAUUGCAGAGGCGACGCCAAAAUCGGGGUUACGCGGUGCGGAGGGUCGCGAUCAGGGCGAGGGCUUCUGGCUUGGAGUAGGACAGUUUCCUCGAGAGAGAAUCACCAUGUGCUACCACGCCAUGAAGUCGUUUGUCGAAGACCAAAAUGAGCUGUUCGUGGUCAACGACCUGACCAAGGAUGAACGGUUCCGCGACCACGAGUCUGUUACAGGCCAUCCUCACAACACGUUUUACGCUUCAGUGCCGAUUCAAUCGCCGGAUGACUACAUCAUUGGCGCUGUAGCAAUCCUAGACAACAAGCCCUGGGAUGGGAUAUUCGACGAACAGCGGACUUUCCUGACAGAACUUGCAGCAACAGUGAUGGACCAUUUACUCUCACAGCGAGCAAUGCGCGAGGAGUAUCGCGAAGAGAAGAUGGUCCGCGCCCUUGGGUUAUUCGUCAAGGGCAAAUCUGACCUCAACGAGUGGUUCGACAGUGGAGAAAGCUCGAAGCAUCGAGAUCAGAUGGGUCAAGUCAACAAGAAAUUGGAGAGGAUGCAGGUCUCGGGGUCCGGCAGCGCGAAUGACGACGAUCUGGAGGAUAAGGACGAGGAUCAAAACGGCAACCGAAAGGGCAGUGGUAAAAGCGAUGAAGGAGGGAAUAGGCCAUCGACUGAGGAAAGGAACAAGCACGAGUCGCCGAUCAAAAAGUUCCAUCAAAGCAACAAGGAGCAGCAUGAAUCAAAAUCCGAGUCUCCAGAGGGUUCGGAGUCACAGAAGAAACAGCGACCGAAGCUGUCUCCGACCACCAGCCACUUGCAAGACAGUCUGGCUCCAACAAAUGUGCGAUCUGUCGUCAAUCGUGCAGCGUCUAUGAUUUACCAAGCACUGGACCUCGAAGGUGUCAUGUUUAUCGAUGCCAGCGUCUACGCGCGCCGCCAGACGGUCGGGUCCAACCAGAACGAGCAGAAGCGGGACGAGUACAACAUCGAGCAUCAGGAACGCAAGGACUGUGGGGAGGACGACGUUCCAUCGGCAACUCAACGUGAUUCUCGUUCCAAUUCAACUGCGUCAGAGAACGAGGAGGAAGCUCGAAGCCUGGUGUUGGGCCACUACACAUCAACUACGUCAGAAGGUGGUGUUGACCUGAGCGACAGCCAUUACGUCUCAUUGUCCGGAUCGUUCAUCAAUCACUUAAUCGACCAAUACCCCCGCGGAAAGAUAUUUCACAUCGAAGAGGACGGUUCGAUAGCGUUGAGUUACGAGGGUGUGGCCGAUGAGAUGAACUACUCUGUGAACGGCAGUCGGGGUGCGGCGACCAGCAGCUCAGAUAGCGUCGACGUCAGGCAGGAAACCUCGGACGUCAAGCAGCUCAUGAAGGUCCUCCCCGAUGCCCGGUGCAUUGCCAUAUAUCCCAUAUGGGACUUCCAGCGCGGUCGAUACUUCACCAUCAAUGUUGUCUGGACCAAUGAUCCUGGUCGAGUGUUGUCGGAACCAAAGGACUUGACAUACUUGGCUGCGUUCAGCAAUACUGUGAUGGCUGAAGUAUCUCGCCUGGACCUCGAGGCCGCGGAUCGCGCCAAAGGGGACUUCAUCUCCUCGAUUUCACACGAACUGCGGUCGCCACUGCACGGACUUUUGGGAACCGUGGAGCUCCUCCAGGAAAUGGUGACCGGGUAUGCCCAACAUUCUCUCAUUGAAACUGUGUAUAGUUGUGGCCGGACCCUGCUCGAUACUUUGAACCACCUGCUCGACUAUGCCAAAAUCAACACGCUUACACGCCCAGGCCAAACGGAAAAGUCAGGAAAGAAAGGCUUCACGGAAGCACAGCCCGCAGUACCUGGGUCUCUACAAGACGAGGACCUGGGCGUAUUGGUGCAGGAAGUCGUCGAAGGCAUCCUUGCCGGGGUCGAAUACCAGCGUCGCGGGGCUGAGGGUGGUAGCAAUGAACGAAGACUUUCGAAGAGCAAUGGUACUGGCCGGCUCAUGACAAUCGUGGAUAUUGAGUGGAACGACAAUUGGCGAUACAGUAUUUACGCGGGCGCCUGGAGACGCGUGGUGAUGAACUUGUUCGGGAAUGCCCUCAAGUACACACAGACAGGGUAUAUUCGCCUCCUGAUGAAGAGCGACACCUUGAAGCGCGACGGCAGGAAAUCGGUUCCUGCAAUCAGAAUGACCUUCAGCGACUCCGGACGCGGCAUGUCCAAGGAUUUCAUUGUCAACCACCUCUACACUGCCUUCCACCAGGAAGAUACAACGGCGCCUGGACUUGGAGUGGGGUUGCAUCUGGUACACCAGAUUGUCAAAUCCUUGAACGGAACAAUCAACUUCACGAGUGACAUUGGCCGAGGUACGGAUGUCGAUGUUGUUCUGCCCAUCGACCCGCCUGAAGAGUCAGCGCUUUCAUCUCGCGCCUAUGGAUCAUUGAAGGAGAAACUGGAAGGGAAGACCAUAUCCCUCUUCACACGGAGUUCCAAGCUCGGCGAUAUCGGAAUGGAUCCGAAGGUCUUCGACCAUAUACUGACCAGCCUUGGGCGCAUGACGACGGGCUGGUUCGGUCUACGAGUCCUGACCACAGACGAGCAUGACCGUGGAGAUGCGGAUUUCGCCAUCGUCACAGAGCACGAGUACCGAAUGUACUACCGCAAGGGGUCUAGCGAACCACAGGAUGGGCGGUCAGGGGAGAUUCAACCAACAUAUCCAUUGAUCGUGCUGAGUGAGCGGACAAGCGGGUGGAGGACAAUAGGAGAGACCGUGGACGACUCGGCUAUCUUCCUUACGCAACCGGUGAGUCCAAAGUCAUUGGCAACCGCGUUCGAGCACUGCCUAGCUAGUCCCAGUCAGAGUGGGCUGUCCACCCCGCGCAAGUGGUCGUCACAUGUCUCGCAUGUCGAUGACGGCGAGAGUGCAAGUGAUGGUCGACCAACUCCGACUGAUGGCGAGGAGGAGACUCAAGACGAGUCCACCACAAACAAACCACCAGAUAGCCAAGGAGCACGCAGAAUCCUCCUGGUAGAAGACAACCAGGUCAACCUCAAAGUCCUCGAGAUGGCCGUGAAGACAGCCGGUCUGGGCUAUCAGACAGCCACAAACGGCCUCGAAGCCCUUGAGAAAUUCAAGAAAGAGCAAUUUGACGUGGUGAUCAUGGACGUCUCCAUGCCGGUCAUGGACGGACUCACCGCGACGCGAGAGAUGCGCAAGUUCGAGCGACGCAACAAGCGACGGCGAACAACAAUCAUAGCGUUGACCGCUGUACUAUCCGCAUCCACACAACACGAGGCCACGGUCAGCGGCAUUGACUUGUUCCUGACGAAGCCUGCCCCCUUGAAACAGUUGAAGGAAAUGCUGCGGAAGUUAUCGGAAGGGAAGAAAAUUGCGGAGAAGUAA